AUGACAAUCUCUCAACACUUAUUACCCGCCCAGGAAGAAGUUGUGAAUAAGACAAGAGCAUUUGAAAAGAUGAAAAGUGAAGCCGAGAAAUGCCUAGCGCAAGGUGAAAGACUCAGCAAGGAGAAAAUAGAGUUUGAGGAUGCAACUUAUGCAAAGGCAUGUGUCUUUGUGAAAAGGUUCGUUUCUGUGUUAAACAAAAAGAAGGCAAAACUCAGAGCACUAAGGGAUAAAGAAGAUUCAGUGAGAGCAGUUGAAGAGGAAGAGUCAACAGACAUAGCUGAAAGCUUCGAGAGUGGAAGAAGCGAUAAUGAGCAGAGCGAGGAAGAAGCCUCAAAUAAGGCAACAACAAGCACCAAAGAACGUGGCCGUAAGAGAGCUGCACGCAGCAAAAAGAUUCCACUGCCUUUGUGA